UAGUUCAGAGCCAUGUUGUUGCUAGUGUUGACUUCCGCAAUUUCCAUUCUGAGUGGAUUGCUGUACUGGAUCCAUCGGAGGCAGCAUAGAUUCGCGGAUAAAUGGCCCACGUUGCAGCCAGCCUAUCCCCUGGUCGGAAAUGCACUGCUGAUGGUUGGAAAAACCGACGUGGAGAGAUUUGAUGUGAUAAAACGCGCGUUCCGUUUGUCCGACAGGAUGUCCAAAGCCUGGGCAGGACCAAGACUUUUGCUCAUUACCAGUCAUCCGGAUUUGAUUCAACAGAUUUUAACGAGUCCGGAUUGUUUGGAGAAACCAUUUCUCUACGAGUAUGCCGGGUUCGGUGAAGGACUCUUCACUGCCAAAUAUCACAUUUGGAAGGCAGCACGGAAGCGGCUGAAUCCAUGCUUCAAUCAACGGGUCGUUAACAGUUUUAUUCCCGUGUUUGUGAGGUGUGCCGAGAAGAUGCUGGCCAGUUUGAACGAGUGUGAGGAUGGGGCAACGGUCAAUAUGCAUAAGUAUACGGCCCUCUGUACCGUUGAGAUGGCUUGCGGGACAACCCUUGGAAGAGACAUCCUUGACAGGAAAGGGAAACGGGAGUUCAAACAGGCAUUGGAUAUAGCUUCCGAGCGGGCAUCGAGAAGAAUGAUGACUGUUCAUCUGUAUCCAGAUUUUGUGUAUCGCUUUACGAAGCUCUAUAAGGAGUGUAAUGAGGCCAGGAAGGCUGUCGUCGAUUACUAUACUGAGCUCGUAAUGGAACGUAAGGAAUAUUUGUUGAAAAAGGUUAACAAUAACACUAGUGACUCUGAGGAAGAUGGCACCAGGCCCAAGAUUCUUGUAGAUCAACUGCUGACUACAACCAACGAAGAUGGCAAACCGUACACCAACAAACAAAUUACCGACAAUGUUUAUGCUGCGAUGACUGGGGCAACCGACACUGCCGGUCUGCUGACAGCCUACUCCUGCCUGUUCAUGUCCUUCUAUCCGGAGGUCCAGGAGCGUCUGUACGCCGAAAUAAUCGAACAUUUUCCCAUCGGCACUGAUCUGCUGGAUUUCAGUCCGGAGAACAUUAAAGAGCUCACGUACACCGAAAUGUUCCUGAGCGAGGUGCAACGUCACUGGACGGCGGUGCCACAGAUUGCACGGGAAAACAUAGCCGAAAUUGAGAUCGACGGUGUCAAAGUACCCCCGGGGACCAUUUUUGCAAUGAGUCUGCUGGAGCUGCACAAACGGAAGGACGUCUGGGGGCCGGACGCGGACAAGUUCGAUCCGGAGAACUUUUUGCCGGAACGGGUGAAAGACCGGCAUCAGUUUGGGUACCUGCCGUUCAGCGGUGGUAAUCGAAUUUGCAUCGGCUGGCGCUAUGCGAUAUUUGCUAUGAAGAUAAUCAUGGUGCAUCUGGUGCGAAACUUCAAAUUCAGCUCCAAGAUCAAACCGGAGGAUAUUGUGUUCAAGCACGAUUUGACACUUAAGCUGCCGUUCGAUGUGUUGGUGCAGAUUACGAAACGAAAUGUUGUGAAAUAG